GGACAGGAAAAUGAGAUGUUUGCAAAUGAAUUCAUCUUCCUGGGCCUUUCCAGAAAUUGGAGCACCCAGCACUGGCUCUUUGUGCUCUUCCUGGCCAUGUACAUCAUCACUCUGGCAGGGAAUGCCCUCAUUAUAACUGUCAUCUGGUUGGACCCACGCCUUGACACCCCAAUGUACUUCUUCCUAGGAAACCUUUCCUUCCUCAACAUCUGCUACACAACCAGUGUAGUGCCCCAAAUGCUAAUUCAUUUCUUGGCCCAGCAUAAGGUCAUCUCCUUCAGCAGGUGCACAGCCCAGCUCUUUGUCUCUCUGUCUCUGGGAGGGAUUGAGUUCAUUCUCUUGGCCACCAUGGCUUAUGACCGCUAUGUUGCCAUUUGCAACCCUCUGCACUACACUGCCAUCAUGAGUAAAAGAGUCUGCAUCCAGCUGGCAGCCAGUUCAUGGGCAGUAGGUUUCCUCAGCUCCUUAGUGCAGACUGCCUUCACCAUGCACCUGAGGUUCUGUGGCCUCCCUGCCCUCAACCACUUUGUUUGUGAGCUCCUAGCUGUUGUCAAGGUGGCCUGUUCAGAUACUUAUAUCAAUGAGGCUGUGAUUGUGGUUGCUGGUGUUGUGGUACUACUGGUCCCCUGUUUCAUGGUUCUAGUCUCCUACAUUUACAUCAUCUCUUCCAUCCUGCGUAUCCACUCGUCACGGGGAAGAUACAAGGCCUUUUCCACCUGCGCUUCCCACCUCACUGUGGUGACACUGUGCUAUGGAACAGCCAUCUUUGCUUACAUGAGACUGAAAGGAGGCCAUCUCUCAGCCAACCUGGAUAAAAUGAUUUCUCUCUUUUAUGCCAUUAUCACCCCCAUGCUGAACCCCAUCAUAUAUAGCCUAAGGAACCAGGAAGUGAAGGGGGCCCUGGUAAAAACCAUAGGAAAGCUCACCUCUCUGAGACAGUGA